CUCUCAAUUCUCAUUCUAUAAAAUCAAAUAUUCAUCAACUAGUCUAGUUAUCCAUUUUCAUUGGCAUAUGGCAAAUUUCUCAAAUUUUUCUGGCGCAGUAAGAAGGUUGGAAGGCAAAGUGGCCCUUAUCACAGGAGGCGCUGCUGGAAUCGGUGAAUACGCUGCUAAAGUUUUCUCUAAACAUGGUGCCAAAGUUGUAAUUGCUGAUAUCCAAGAUGACUUCGGCCAAUCUGUCUGCAAAGAAAUAGGCACAUCAUUAGCCUCAUACGUUCAUUGCGAUGUCACGAAUGAAAGCCACGUACAAAAUGUAGUAGACUCGACGAUGUCCCAAUACGGAAAGCUCGACAUCAUGUUUAAUAAUGCAGGCAUUGCAGGCAUGUCCAAGCCAAACAUCCUUGACAUCACUGAAUCCGAGUUCAAAGAAAUCUUGGGGGUGAACCUUAUUGGCCCCUUUUUGUGUACUAAGCAUGCAGCUCGAGUAAUGAUCCCGGCCAAACGGGGUACCAUUAUCAAUCAUGCGAGUAUUUCCUCUACCAUAGGAGGUGCGGCAUCUCAUGCCUAUGUUAGCUCGAAACAUGGUGUGCUAGGUCUUACAAAGAACACAGCUGUGGAGCUCGGAAAUCAUGGGAUUAGGGUGAAUUGUUUGUCACCAUACGUGGUUUCGACUCCAAUGACUAGGAGCUUCUUUAAGCUAGAUGAUGAAGGAAUAGCUAAAGUAUACUCAAAUCUCAAAGGGGCUAAGUGUACAUUAGAGGAUGUGGCCGAAGCAGCUUUAUUUCUUGCUAGUGAUGAUUCGAAGUUUAUUAGUGGCCAUAAUCUUGUUGUGGAUGGAGGAUUUACUAUUAUGAAUCGAGGAUUUUGUAUGUUUGAAUAACUCAUGCAAUAAUUGUCAUAGUAUGUUGUUAUAACAUUGGAAUUUUAUUUAUUUGUCUUAAAUAGGUAAAUUAGAAGUAGCUAUAUUACUUUUUAGAUCCAAAGUAGCUAUAUUACUUGAAUGUAAUUUGUACGUUAAAAUUUCGUUGUUAUUAAGAAAAGUUGAGUACUUUCAUCUUGCAAAAGAAAACUACGGCCAGAUUAUUUCUAUUGGCUUCAUCAGUAUC